UAAUGUCAAGUCACAAGUGUCAAACUUGAAACUCAAAAAAAUUUCAAAUCAAGCAGCUCAGCUCAUCAAAUGAAUUGUUUUUGAUAAGUGCUAAAAAUCAUUUUAUUUGUAAUAAAUAAUUAGUAAAAAUGUCGGCACCUGAAGUUUCCACAGAAAAUCCUAUAAAACCAGAAGACUUAAAAACUGUGCAGCUACUGGCGAAAGGCGUUUUGGAGUUAUAUGAGCCACCUUUAGCUACUUUGAAUACUCAUCUAAAGGAGUUAACUGAGAAACAAGAAGUAGUACACAACAUGCUAUCGUCUGAGAGGCGGCGACUAGAAGAUCUACAAAAUGAUGCUAUGUUAGAUGCUCUAUUGGCAGAUAUAGCGACAAAUAAAGAAAAGUUGACAUCCAUAACAAACUCUAUGAUGACAUUACAUAAAAGAGUACAAUCCUUACAGGUUCGAGCAGCAAAUGUGGAAAAAGUUGCAAAAAGUAAAAGCCAAUCCAAAUCAACAAGUUAGCAAAAACUUAAUUUUUAUCUAUUCGUAGGAGUAGAUAACCGCAUUAAAAAAACAUUGGUUAAACCUGCAUCUAUUUGUCAUGGAAAUCUUAGUAACAAGGCAAGAUUACUUGUAAUAGAAAUAGCAUACACCAGUCAAAACUAUAUUGAGUUAUUUUUUUUUCUGUUGUAAAUUACCAAUUUGGUACUUCAUAAAAUUACGAUCUGGCCUACUUAUGUGACUAAUUAGUGAUUUAACUUUAACCACACACAUGCAGAGAAUUAAGAAAAUUCUCUGGUAUGCACCUCAAACGGCGAAGAAAAACAUCGUGAGGAUAGGUUUCCUCACGAUGUUUUUCCUUCACCGUUUGAGACAUGUGAUAUUUAAUUUCUUGAAAUUACCAUCUCUAAUGCCUUGUUAUUAAGAUUACUUCAACUAUGGUACAUAAUUAUAAUAAGUUUAAAUAUAGAGUGACUGAGAGUUAGGAAACUUUGUAUAGAACUAUUUUUGUAUAGAAUUGAAAUUGUUAGUACAUAUUGUAGUUCUAGUUGAUAGUAGAUACAAUUAUAUAAAAGACAAUAUAUGGAAUAUUAUCUGUUUAUAUUACUGUUAAAUUAUUGUAAUUUUAUCAGAUGCCUUACUAUGGGGCUACACAGGACAUUUAUUAUUGCUUGGCAAUAUGUAUGGAUCAAUCAGGAACAAUUUCAAUAAAAUAUGGCAACUGUGUCUGCAAUAUUGUUUCAAAUUGCUCCAUACAUUCAAUAUUAUUCAAUGUCAGCCUCACAUAUUGCCAAAUAUCCAUGUGGUGGAAAAAAUGUAGUCAAUUUUCUUUCCAUCUAUUUUGCUGACUAUUGCCAGCAACUACUGUUACGGAAUUGCUAGAAACAUUAUAACUGACCAAUGUUGCAUAGAGAAAUUUUAGUUACUUGCUUAAGUGUAUCUUAAAAUUAAUUGUUUCAAAUUAAAUAGCCAAUGUCAAUCAACUAAUUGGGCAUAAAUGAGAUUUAUGUAAGUGCAAUUCAAAAUAUAAUAUUGAAAAUGUAUGUUGGAAAUACAUAUAUGUAUAUUAGGCAUAAGUGUAUAAAAGUGAAGGGCAAAUUGCAAUAAAACAAUUCAAUAUUUCUGCACGAAUCGUUUAAUGUCUAAAUACAAUAUUUGAAAUAAAAAAAAUAUAACAUUUUAACAUAUCCAUUCCAUAAAUUACAUGUACAUACUACAUAAAUCUAAAAAGUACAUUAUUUAAUAAGUUUAAAAAAAAAAGUAUUUUAUUCUUCUGCCUGGGCCGCACACAUUGCAACAAUAUUCGCUUUAAACACGGUAUUUUAAAUGUUAAAUAUGUUCACAGCAUUAUAUCUUCCGUCCAGAUUUAACAGUCGAAAUCAUAGACGUCGCAGGGGCACCCCCAGGGGAUCAUUCACCCGCUGUGUGUCGAAUUCUCUAACGCAUAGUUUAAAUUCGACACUCAGCGGAUGAACGAUCCCCUGGGGGAACCCCCACAAAAUUUAUGAAUAUACUGAGAGUAGAGCGGUUAUUUCAUUAUAGCAAUGAGUGGAACCUAGGCAUUACAAAUAUUCUAUGGCAUUUUACUGCAAAGACUAAGUACAAGAUUUAAGUUAAAUUAAUUGGGGAGUUCAACAAUUAAUUGCCCUAGUUAAUGAAAUUAUUUAUGACUAACAAAUCUUGUGAACCUAUGCGCAGAAAGUUGUUAAUACUUAUUCUGUUUUAUUUUGAACCAACCUGUAAUUGAAAAUUUUUUUAGUAAAUGAACAAAAUAUUUGUCGAGACACAAGUAGGUAUUGCAGGUCAUAGUUAACAUGAACUUUGAACUUGUUUCUUUUAAAUGUCUUCGUCCGCCCUUAGACCUCUUUAAUCCAGCCCUUACAGUAGUAUCUCUGUAAAAAUGGAGUAACUUCUCCCGUUUUCCCAACAUUUCCCUUCACUGCUCUGCUCCUAUUGAUCGUAGCGUGAUGAAAGUAUACUAUAACCCGCCCAGGAGUAUAAAGAAUAAUUGUACCAAGUUUCGUUAAAAUCCGCCGAGUAGUUUCUGUUUCUAUGACGAACAUACAGACAGAAAGACAGACAAAAAUGUUACUGAUUGCAUUUUUGGCAUCAGUAUCGAUCACUAGUAACCCCCGGAUAGUAAUUUUGGAAAUAUAUUUUUAAUGUACAGAAUUGACCUCUCUACAGAUUUAUUUAAAUAUAGAUGGUAAAGGGCCUAAAAAUACAAUUUUAAUCUUCCAAAGUGGCUGCUUGAUUGAGGUCAGAUAGUUCAAUAAUCAAGAAAUAAAUUGCUUUUUAUUAAAUAACAAAUAUGUGCUCCAAAUCCAGUUUCUCUUGAAUUGUAAAGUAAAAAUCAUUCAUUAAAAUAUUUUGUUCAUUUACUAACGUGUACAAUCAGUUGAACGUUUUUUACAUUUAUAUUUUGUUAAAAUUUAUAGAUAUAUAUGUAUAUUACAAAGUUUUUAAAGUAUGACUACUGUUUGAUAGUUACUAACUUAAAUCACUGGCUUAACUUUAAAACAUGUGUUAUAUAAGGCGGCCUUUGUAAUUUGAAUAAUAAUGACGAUUGUCUUUAAAUGGCGAUAACAAUUCAUAUUGCUUUAACAAUUAUUUGUUUAAUUGUUAAGUGAUCUGUUAAAUUUAAUUGUCAUAACUUUUAAAGUGUGAUAUCUUACUAUUUAUGUAGCCAGUUUAUAGAAUAAAUUAUGACACUCAUAAAUUAAGGGCAGUAGUACCUAUCUUACUUGUGAUUAUGUUCUACUAUUAUUACAUAAAAAGUAAUAAAUAUAUUUAAAUUGGUAUUAACAUAAAAAUAGAUAGACAAGUAUAUCAAUUGCCUACAUUCAUUGCACAUGACAAAAUGCAAGUAACUAACUGAAAAAAUCUGGUAUAAGGUUCAUUUACCGCCGCCGAGAGUCGACUGCAGUCGACUGCCGCCGAGACGUAGCCGACUCCAGUCAACAUUAUAGACAAAAUAUCGCUGCUGCCUGCUGGCCUCGAUACAAAUCGUGUGGCCAUAGCAAAGAAUUUAACGCUCUUGCACGUAAAGCAACAUGUAGUGAUGUAGGUACGACAUGUCGGUGUUAUCGACAACUUUUUAGAAACUUUUGAUACAAGAAUAAUAUGAACAAUAAACUAGUUUUACGGUAUACGUAUUUCUAACGGCCGAUAGUUAGCCGACUACGUGUAACGUACAUAUUUACCUGUAGCGAUAUAUUGAUAUUAAUAUAGAAUAAUUGCAAUAAUGUAGUCUCUAUACAUGUAAAGCAAAAAAGAAAUAACUUGUUACUUUCCGAGCGUGUAUCUAUCUAUUUUUUUAACCGACUUCUUUCUAUAUAUAAUUAGGUCAAAUAAUUAUAGUUUUUAAGUAAUAACAAUUACCUACUUCUAAAAUAUGUAAAUAAAUGGCAGUUAUUUAGCAAUGAACUGUCUUACUAUCCUAAGUUAAGCUUUUGUUUUUAUUUCAAAUAAAAAUAUUAUUACAAAAUA